AUGUUCUCGCGAGCAUUAAGAACAAGCCGGGCGGCCCCUUUGCGCCACAACGCCUUCUCGAGAGUUGCGCUGGCAAAGAGAAAUGUUACGACAGAUGCUGCGAGCGCGCAUGCUGAUAAAGAUGCCGUUCCUGAGGAAGACAGCAAGCCUUUCUCAGUUACUCUCUCCGACGAAUCAUUCGAAACCUACGAACUCGACCCUCCACCAUAUACCCUCGAUACCACCAAGGCGGAAUUGAAGCAGAUGUAUGCUGAUAUGGUAUCUGUCCGACGAAUGGAGAUGGCUGCGGAUAGACUGUACAAGGAGAAGAAGAUCCGAGGAUUUUGCCAUCUGUCGACAGGACAGGAAGCUGUCGCUGUUGGUAUCGAGCACUCUCUCACCAAGGAGGAUGAUAUCAUUACCGCUUAUCGAUGCCACGGUUUCGCUAUGAUGCGAGGAGCUUCGGUAAAAUCGAUCAUCGGAGAGUUGCUCGGUCGCCGUGAGGGUAUCGCAUACGGAAAGGGUGGUUCUAUGCACAUGUUCGCCAAAGGGUUUUACGGUGGAAAUGGUAUCGUCGGUGCUCAGGUCCCAGUAGGCGCUGGUCUUGCGUUUGCGCAUCAAUACAAUGGCAACAAGAACACCACUGUGGCGUUGUAUGGUGACGGAGCGAGCAACCAGGGUCAGGUUUUUGAAGCUUUUAACAUGGCAAAAUUGUGGAAGCUGCCAAUCCUGUUUGGAUGUGAAAACAACAAAUACGGAAUGGGUACCGCCGCGAAUCGCUCUUCGGCGUUAACUGAUUACUACAAGCGUGGCCAAUAUAUUCCUGGUCUCAAGGUCAACGGAAUGGAUGUUCUUGCCGUGAAGGCUGCCGUCCAGUACGGCAAAGAAUACACCUCUGCUGGUCACGGCCCUCUCGUCAUCGAAUAUGUCACUUACAGAUAUGGCGGUCACUCAAUGUCCGACCCUGGAACCACCUACAGAACUCGUGAGGAAAUCCAGCGCAUGCGAUCAACUCAAGAUCCAAUCGCAGGCUUGAAGCUCAAGUUGUUGGAAUGGAAUGUCACCACCGAAGAUGAGCUCAAGCAGAUCGACAAAGAUGCCAGAGCCGCUGUUGACAAGGAGGUUGCUGAGGCCGAGGCAAUGCCACCACCAGAUGCUACACCACAAAUCGUAUUCGAGGAUAUCUACGUCCGGGGCAGUGAGCCACAGUUCAUGAGAGGGCGAACACUGGAGGAGAACUACUAUUACUAG